UUCGUCACAGACUAUCGGAGAGUGUGAAAGGGCGGGAAAAUUUUUCAUGUCCCGCGUUCUUCACAUGUUUAUUUUGGUGAUGUGAUUCAAAGCAAAUGGAUUUAAACAAUAAUGCACUCAGGCGGGAUCAUUUUACGUAAGUGAGCCGAGCUCAAACAUAUUCUCCGAGCCAAAGCUAUGAAUACUUAUUGAAGAAAAAUGGCUUAUGAAGAAAAUAACACAUCAAAUAUCACGCAGGCUUUGACGAAUUUGUUCGAGGAAGUCUUGUUCGCGACUGAGAGCCCCGGUGGGAAUAAAAGUUUAAAUGUCUCUCAAUUUUUAUCAGCACUGAAGGAACGUUCCACGAGGCAUAAUCAGGAGAUAGAUUUUGGAACAUUGGUGAAAUUGGUAGACGGGUGGCGGACGAAAUUAAACCUCACAAAGAACUCGGAGCCCUUGUGUAAUUAUUGCGAUGGUAAUUUCAGAGAUCUUGUUCUCGCCUACAAUAGCAUACAUGGAUACAUAAGCCUUAUUGUAUGCGUUUUCGGUUCAUUAGCAAAUGCGCUGAAUGUGGCUGUUCUGACAAGACGUGACCUCGCUGCGGCUCCAAUCAACAGACUGCUCAAGUGGCUCGCCGUUGCUGAUGUGUUUGUUAUGAUGGAGUAUGUUCCCUUUGCAAUUUAUAGGUAUUUGAUAUUACCUGGACAACGUGAGAUGCCAUACAAGUGGGCAGCAUAUCUUCUAUUCCACAUGCACUUCGCGCAGAUCUUCCACACAGCAUCCAUAUGUCUCACACUAUCGUUGGCUGUUUGGCGAUAUAUAGCUAUAAAGUAUUCAGAUAGAAGUCACAUAUUGUGUACAGAACGGCGUUGCAGUACAGCGAUUUUGAGCAGCUUUAUACUACCACCUAUCCUCUGUAUUCCCACAUAUAUGGUAUUCGAUAUACACACAGCUGUGGUAUUAGAGCCAAACGGACCAAUGAUUUUAUACCACGUCGAUUCAGAUGAAGAAGGCCAAUUAUUUAAGUUAAAUUUCUGGGUCCACGCCGUCCUAAUAAAGUUACUACCUUGUUGUAUCCUGACAGUUAUCAGUCUCUGGCUAAUCAAGGAAGUUUAUAGCGCAAACGAGCAUCAAAAGAGAAUUCGAGUGAACAAUGCCUGUGCAAAUGACAAAACAAAGAAGCGACAGUGUAAAGGGGAUAAGAGAACGAACAGAACUACAAAAAUGCUCCUCGCCGUGUUGCUUUUGUUCCUCGUGACAGAAUUGCCUCAAGGUAUCUUGGGCCUUAUGAGUGGAGCAUUAGGGCGAUGUUUCUUUAAACGUUGCUACGAUCUAUUUGGCGAAUUGAUGGACGCAUUGGCGUUGUUGAAUGGGGCCAUUAACUUCGUUUUAUAUUGCUCUAUGUCGAGGCAGUUCCGGAUGACGUUUCGUCAGCUCAUGUGGCGCGCUCAACUGCUUAGGUGGCCUCCACCGAUACCCUCGCACUCUGAUGGAUUGCACUCGGCCAAAACUUCAGUGCCAUGAGAAAAGUUCGUACAAGAGAAACACACAUACGUCAUGCAACAGUUUGUGUGACGCACACAGCGGUUGUUUAUACACAGACGUCCUAUUUUUAGACUAAUUACUUCUAAAUUAUAAACAUGUAGCUCGUUGUUACCAAAGACUUUUUAAUUUUUUUCUCAUAAAAAUAAGUGUAAGAUAUAAGAUUUUCCUAGAACAAGGUUCCUAGAUUUCGAUUCAAUUAUUUUCUGAAUACCCACAAGGCUUGCUUUUUGAGGGUAGAUUUUGAUAUUCAGAAACACACACGACAACUAUGACAUGUCAAAAUCGAAUAAAUUUUCCACGUAUGUGAGUUACACUAGCGGUAAGUGUCGACUCUAAAUCUUACCCUAAGUUUUGAACUGAGAUAUGGUUGUUGGUUUUGAAUAUUGAUAGUGCAGUUCGUACAUAACUAUAUUUAAUUGACGUAAAGUUUAUCCAAAUACACCAACGAUAAAUAUAUGAAAAGCAUUUAACAGUUGGUGACUUAGAACUUUCUACAUUUAUGAGCUAAUAUACGCAUGCUGCUGGGAAAACCCCAACUCAUAUCUAGGAAUAGCAAAUACUAUCAAAACAUAACUUGUAAAUAACCAAGCCUCGCAACGCUAUCGUCAAAAGUUGUGAGAUAAAUGUAAGUCAGCCAAUUUAUUCAGUCCCUCCUUAAGGGACCUUCUGUCUUCAGUUUUUACGUAAUAAGCUAACCAAACAACAUCUUAUAAUGACCAUAUCAAUAUUACAAAUCAUACCACAGACUUAACAAAAUUUUGUUUUUAAAAUAUAUUACUAUUUCUUGUUAAAACGUUUAGUAUUUGGGUAAAUAAAAGACAAUGCUACUUUUACUAAAACAUUUCUUUUUAAAAACAGCUGUUAACAUCGCCACUGGCUCUUUUUCGCUUCUUUUUGUGUGUAAUGGAAAUAAUUGGAUGUACUUCUCUCAAUAUCCGUAGCGCUGAUAGAAUCACGCGGCAGAAAAUGUUUAAGUUCAGUAAUCGCUAUAACUAUGGGGAGAUACAGUUCAGUGUUGUUUGUUUUUACCGCGACAAUUUUAGUUUUAAGUGAUUAUAUGUCAGAUUGUGUGAAAUUAAAAAAUAUUUUUUUUGAGCAUAAUUUCACUAAAUUUUUUUUAAGUAUACUUAAUAUUAGAAAUAUUCCUCACUUCUAUAUAAAGUUGGUAUGUUUGUGUCCGUGUUAUUGAAAUAAGUAUUUAAGGUAUUUGUUAAACUAGCUUAGUUCAUAAGGAAUAUGUAUGAUAUUUGUUUCUCUUGUACGCGAUUCUUCACUAGUAAAGCACAAAAAUGCUCAUAGUAGUAAUUACAUUUAAUGUAAAGACUACAUAAAUUGUUAAUAAAUGUAUGUUGGAA